AUGGAAGACGUAAAGAAAAGAGUGCUGGAGUAUCUUGCUGUCCGAAAACUCAGCGAUUCGGUCACAGGACCAAUACUAUGCUUCGCUGGACCUCCAGGUAUUGGAAAGACGAGUAUUGCAAAAGCCAUUGCUCAGUCGCUUGGACGCAAUUUUGAAAGGAUCUCUUUGGGUGGCAUUCGUGAUGAGAGUGAUAUUCGUGGUCAUCGUAGGACAUAUGUGGCAGCAAUGUGUGGACGAAUUAUUCAAGCUUUGAAGCAUGCAGGCAGCAAUAAUCCAUUAAUUCUUCUUGAUGAAGUCGAUAAAUUGGUAAGAUUUGAAAGUUACCUAAACCUUCCAUUCGACCUAUCUAAAGUGUUAUUCAUCGCCACUGCCAACGAUCUAACGAAAAUCGAAGGUCCACUUGCAGAUCGCCUUGAGAUUAUUGAAAUGACUGGAUAUUCGACGAAUGAGAAAAUAGCGAUUGCUGAGGGUCAUCUGAUUCCUCGCCAACUUUUACAACACGGAAUCUGCCCGGAUCAUUUACAAAUUCAAAGAGAUGCACUUCGGAUCAUGGUAGAAGAUUACACUCGUGAGUCGGGUGUGCGACAACUGGAACGAAUGAUCGCAGCGACUUGCCGCUUUGUCGCCUUGCGAAUCGCAGAGGCGACCAAGGACGAGAACGACUUUGACAGCAUGAUCAGCUCCGAGCUUCCAAUAGUUGUCUCAGCAGAAAACUGCCGAAAGAUACUUGGCAAGGAACCUUUCACGGCUGUAGAUCUUGUUGAACAAAUGGGAAAGUUCCGUCUUGGUACAUGCUUUGGCAUGGCAUGGACACCAUUCGGAGGAGAAUUAAUGGUCAUAGAAGCCAAUCGCUGCAGUGGUAAAGGAAAAAUAAUGAUGACUGGAAAACUGGGAGAUGUACUUCGAGAAAGUGUGGAUGUUGCCCGAACGUGGAUUCGAGCCAAUGCGACCAGGCUUCGUGCUGACAACUUAGACGACGCUGAUCUGCAUGUUCACUUACCAUCAGGAGCUGUGGGUAAAGAUGGACCGUCAGCUGGUUGCGCUCUGGUUGCUGCCCUAUUCUCGUUGGCCAGCAAUCGACUUGUACGAUCAGAUACUGCAGUGACUGGAGAAAUCAGCCUCACAGGACAUGUUCUUCCGUGGAGUCGCUCACUGAAGGAUGUGUUUUUACAGGUGGGCGGCAUCAAAGAGAAAGUCCUUGGAGCUCAUCGGUCUGGCCUUCGACGAGUCAUACUACCGACGGCUAACCGCAACGAUGUAGACCACAUUGAGAAGUCAAUUAAGGAUGAAAUGGAUAUCCAGUUCACUUCCGACAUAGACGAUCUACUGCAGAAGAUCAUGGAAAAAGAGACCGUUUCGAAUAUUCUAUCAAAGCUGUGA